AUUUAUCAGUGUGAUAUAUUUAAGAGAAUCCCAACUCCCUACAAUAUGAAACUUUUGAUUUUCAAACUGGGACCUAAUUCUGAAGUUUGAGCAGAGAUGAUGAUAUCUCUGCAAAUUCUAUCCCCUUUGCCUUCCUCCCACUUCAUAAACCCUAAUCCCCUUUCACUCCAAUGCUCCAAAAACCCUAAUUUCUACCCAAAAUCUUUCUCCGAAACCCCUUAUCUUGUAAAAUCAACGCAUACCCAUUUCCUCUCUUUCCCCAAAAACUCCAACUUGAAACUUAAAACCUCACUAAGAUUAAAACUUUCGGUUCAAUUUCAGAGAUUAAUUUGUUAUGGGGUUAAGGAUUCUGAUGAAGAGACUAAAGCAGUAGUGGAUUCUGGUGGUGAUGGUGGGGGAGGUGGAGGUGGAGGUGGGGAUGAUGGUGAUGGUGAUGCUGAUGGGGAGAUGGAGAAAAAAGAUGGGAUUUUGCCAGAGUGGUUAAAUUUCACUACUGAUGAUGCGAAGACUCUGUUUGCUGCUGUUGCCGUUUCCCUUGCAUUUCGUUCUUUUGUAGCAGAGCCAAGAUUCAUUCCUUCUCUGUCCAUGUAUCCAACAUUUGAUGUUGGCGAUCGUGUUUUUUCAGAGAAGGUUUCAUACUAUUUCAGAAAGCCAUGUGUAAAUGAUAUAGUGAUCUUCAAAAGUCCACCAGUCCUCCAGGAAGUUGGAUACACAGAUGAUGAUGUCUUCAUAAAACGAAUUGUUGCAAAGGAAGGUGAUACUGUGGAGGUCCAUGAGGGGAAGCUUAUAGUAAAUGGAGUUAUGAGAAGUGAAAAGUUUAUUCUUGAACCUCCUUCAUAUGAGUUGACACCUAUUCAUGUACCUGAGAACUCUGUUUUUGUGAUGGGUGACAAUCGUAAUAACAGUUAUGACUCACACGUAUGGGGUCCCCUUCCUGCAAAGAAUAUAAUUGGAAGAUCAAUCUUCCGCUAUUGGCCACCUUAUAGGAUUGGCCGCACAGUUCUUGAGACUGGCUGUGCUGUUGAUAAGCAAGAUAGCACUUCUUCAUCUAAAUAGUUUGAGUCUAUCGGAAGAGUUUAUUUAUUUUUGGAUAUUCACAAUCUUUUUAUUCUGUAUUUUUUUUUUUUUUGCCUUUAAUAUUGUCACCAUUUUUUAACAAGAUCUGUAAGAGCAUUCUUCGCUUGAUAGAGGUAGUUCUUGCUGGGGAAAGUUUUUUUGCCCCUUUUUAA